UCUCUCUCGGUCUCUCUGUCUGUCUCUCAGGCAGGAAGCAGCGUGGGCAGCCAGCCUCCCUGUGGCACCGCUGCGUCACGGUUUUUCCAGUGACGAGGAGGCUGCGCUGCGGAGCGGUCUGUCUCAGACAAGGGGAAGGCUGCCACUGACAGUGUGCUCUGCUACAGUCGAGACAAAAGCGAGAGGUCUGUUCGAGGAUAAAGUGCAAUUGUGUCGCUUGGAUUGUGACUAUAUUUUCACUAAUGAUGAUCUGAUAUCUGAAGUAUUGAUCAGCUCCAUGCUAGCUAGAGCCAUGAGCGGUCUACUGAAGAGGAAGUUUGAGGAGGUCUGUGAUGAGGACCAGUGCUACUCCUCGUCCUCCUCCCUGUCAUCCUCAGCUUACUCCGGGUGGGACUCGGAGGGCGAGAGCUGCUACUCAGACACCCUUGACUCAACACCCAGCAACCCUGGCUCUCCAGACACACACUACAACACCAAGUCCAUCCUGAAGAAGGCUAAGUGUGAGCAGGGUGGGCGGGGCAACGUGACCUUUGACAUGCUGACAGUGUUCCUGUUCCCGCGGUGCCAGGGCUACAGCAGCGUGCCCAGUAGGGGGGGCUGUUCCCUGGGCAUGAUGCAGCGCCACAGCGCCCUCCGCAGGUACACCCUGGAUGAGUACGCUGUGGAGCAACACACCCUCCGCCGGGAGAAACUCCUCGACCGCCUCCGAGAGGAGAAACUGGAUGCUCUCAAACAGAAGCUGACUAAGGGAGGCACGGUGGAGUCAGAGGAGGCUGACCGCCUCACCUUCGAAGACAUCCCAGAGGACGAGAUGGACAUUAGCAGCUGUAACCUAGACGACGGCUCCUUCCUCCACCCCUAUCCCUCCAAGAGGAGACAUGCCCUGCUGAAGGCUGCGGGGGUGAAGGUGGAGAAGGAGGAGAAGAGGCAGCUGCAGCAGCUCAGAGUGUCCAGGGAGGACUGUGGGUGUGACUGCCAGGGUUUCUGUGAGCCAGAGACCUGCGCCUGCAGCCUGGCAGGCAUCAAGUGUCAGAUGGACCACUCGUCAUUUCCCUGUGGCUGCACUAAGGAUGGCUGCGGUAACCAGGAAGGUCGUAAAGAGUUCAACUCCAGCCGGGUUCAGACCCACUACAUCCACACCAUCAUGAAGCUAGAGCUGGAGAAGAGACUGGAGGAGACGUCUGGACCAGAGGAAGAGGACCUGGAAGAGACCGCCCCAUGUCACUACUACAACCCCUUGUCCAACCUCCCCUCCGUCCCAGACCGCUCCUCCUUCCACUUCAUCUCAAAGCUGGCGGCGGUCAGGGAGAACAGCUGUAGUAGCGACAUGACCGACUCCUCUGCCUCCUCUGGGGGGAGUGAAUACUCAGAGGAAGGGGCGGAGUUAGUGGUGGGGUUAGGGCGGCGCUCCCGGGGGGAUGACCCUCUGCUGGAUGAUGUGGAUGAGAACGGACUGAGCCGCAUCCUCAGCUUCAGUGACAUCGACGACUACAAUGUAAACAACCGCGUUGUCAAUGACAACCGCUGCUGCCCCGAGCAACGUCUACAGCAACAGCCGUGGAUAUUGACAGGGUUUAUUACGGCAGACUUCCAAGAGGAUAAUAACAAUCUGGAGGUGCACAGAGACAACCGGGCCAUGGCCAUAACACAACUGUUAGAUGAUAACGCUAACCAAGGCAACGCUCUGUUCCACCACAGCGGCUGCAGUGUCUCCAACAUGCCCUCUUCCUCAGUAGACUGCCCCAACACCCCCUCUUCCUCAGUAGACUGCCCCAACACCCCCUCUUCCUCAGUAGACUGCCCCAACACCCCCUCUUCCUCAGUAGAUGGCACCGCUGCCAGCCUGUCCUCAGAGUCUGACUUGGAGUUCUUUGAUGGUUUCUGUCUGGGUACUUCCUCCCUCUACAACUCCCUAAAGGAAUACCAACACAUGGACAGCUUCUUUCACUUCCAGUUGCCUAGUUACCCCAGCAGCCAAUCACAGGCCAGUGACCCUGGGGCCUGUCUCCUGGAGUCUCUGAUUGGUCUGUCAGAAUCUGUCCCAGAACCCCCUGCAACGUUCAGACAAUCAACCGGACCUGAACUGCCAACUGUGUUCUGGGCUAUGCAGUGAAUUAGUGGGGACGGUAGGUAAACUGCUGUUGGAAGAAGCUGUGAUUUCUCGCUCCCCUGACUAUUGUUAAUGAGAUUCCGUUCUUGCCUUCCAAAUCUUAGCAAAAGCAGUUGGUAAUUAUUGCUGUAUGAAAUGGCAGCGAACAUUUAAUUUGGAAAAAAGAAAGUGAGACUAACAUAAAAGUGUUAAACGCUCGAUUGUGUAAUCUGAGUCAUGUAUCUGUAACCAUACGCUGAUGCCGUGUGCUGGAGCCAAGCCUGCCCCUCCACACUAACACAACACAGAGGGUAACUGGUGUUAGUUGCUGUUCUGUUUGGGGACAUGGUCAGUAGGGAAUCUUUAAACGUUGUUGAAUGUCAACCUCAGGGACUUUUUCUAGCUUUAGGAAGCAGACCGUUGUGGCCAUUGAAACACUGUGUUGCGUUUACAGACACACACAGACACACACAGACACACCCCCACUAGAAUCACAACGUCCUCAUAACCCCGUUUCCCAUGACGUCUCUGUGCUCCGUCCCAGUUGACCGGAGUAAGGGGGGUGGUCAACCCCUGUGUUUCAUCCUAAAGCUAGAGGCCCCCAUAAUGGUGCCCAAGGCUCUGGUAUGGUACAGCAGUCCCUCCGUAAGCCCCUUGGUCAGCACGUCAUCUGUGAAACUGAUGAUUGAUGAACCAUAACUUCCUGGUUCUCCAUCUAUGAUUGACUUUUACUUGUAAUUUGUUUUUUGUUUUUUGUUUUUUAUUUUAUGAUUUUAAAUUUAUUUUCAGAUAAAAAUGCCUGCUAAACGUAGGUUCAAGCAGCAGUUUGAUAUUUAUAACCUGGAAAUGCAAUCUUACUUUAGGUAUCAGUGACUUUGUCCCAAAUGGCUCCCUAUUCCCUAUAUAUAGUGCACUACUUCAGACCAGAGCCCUAUGGCUCCCUAUUCCCUAUAUAUAGUGCACUACUUCAGACCAGAGCCCUAUGGCUCCCUAUUCC